GCCGUCGCGUGUGUUAGUUGUUUGUACACAUAUCAAAUUUCAACACGAAAUUUUGAUUUUGUCGUCGCAUUGUGAAGUGUAUCGUGCUUUUAUUGGUAAUUGCAUUUAUUUUGUGCUUGUUAUGUUAUAGUGUUUUAGUUGUGUUUCACAUUUUGCAACGGUUUAUAACAAAAUGUAGAUAGAAAAAGUAGGGCGCGUCUACUUUUACUAAAGUACGAUGUCUGUUGACCAGGCGUCCCCAUUGGUGCCUAUCAAACCUCAGAUCGCAUUGCAGAACAGUGCCUUUAUAAAGAACAGUCAUAAUCGAAGUAGCUUCUGCGGGGCCACGCCAUCCCCGACUAACGGGAACCGAACGUUCAAAACUUUCGCCGUAAAUCGAAAGAGUUGGAGUGGAAACGUAAGUCUUCCACUCCAGCAGUUCCUAGAGGAGCCUCCGCAGUUGGGUACGUUCCGAUCGGGAACCGGAACUUUUCCCAGAAAUCGGGAGCGAAACAAUAAUACUUCAAAUGGAAUAUUAACACCUAACGGGAACGUGCAGACGUUUAAAGGAAAUGAAGUGAGAAGGAGCGGAUGCUCUAACGGCCGACGGUACGCGGAGAUCGGAAACUGGAACAAAAGAAAUGCAACAUUCUUAGAACCACAUUUGCAAGGUGUCAGACGGCGAGACAGUCGAAGCUCGGAUUCAGAACACGAGAGGUCCACUGAAGAUGACGAGAGGUCACUCAUACGCUCCUCUCCAAGAAGCAGACAUCCACCCCCUGACAAUGAACCGCCACCGCCGAUGAAGCCAAGGGAGUUCUUCGAAAGAUUACAAAGUCAAGCAAUGAGAGAGAUUUCAGGGAAGACGAAACGAGACCAAGCAAUCAAAGACGCGAACCAACUGUUUCGACCGCUGGAUACGGACGGCAGCUUGGUUGAUAGUCUUAGUCAGAGCCGAGAAAGUCUGUCAUCAGAUGGUGAGGGUGCAAAAGGCGACUGCUCCUCAGUGGGGACUUCGGGGUCUGAUUCCGAGGAACAGCCACCAUGCGACAUUGGUCUACUGGAGCGGCUGAUACGGACCCACCCAGUGUGGUUUCUGCCUGGUAUACAAAGAGCGGGUGCAUUUCACCUCUUGCAGGGAAAAGAGGAAGGGAACUUCGUCGUCCGACAAUCUAGUCAGCCGGACACAAUGGCGAUAAGCGUCCGUCUGCCGGCCGACAAAGGACCGUACAUUGAGCACUACCUCAUCCAGGCUUCUGCCGGUCGUAUCGGCCUGGAGACGUCCGCAAAUCGCUUUGAUAAUAUACCUGAGCUGAUUGCACACUAUUCGCAAUGUUGUGACGAGUUACCAGUUCAGCUCCAACUGCCGAGGCCGUUAAGAGAUGCAAAAAGCAGACACCAGCUUAGUUCUCUAGCGCUCCUAGGCCAGGAGUUCUGGGGAUAUCCAAUGGCGAAUCCAAAGAACACGAACGUAUUGUCCCCUGGGCAGCUGGCGUCCGGCGUUGUCCCGAUGGCUAUCACUCCCUCGGAUACAGGAUCUAGUCUAAGCAGUUUUAAUCCAAAUACGAAUUCCAAGGAGAGAAUAUUUAAUCCUGACAAAGAGAAUGAUAUUUUAAAAAUGUCUGUAGACACAUCUCCAACGCACACUUUGAGUACAUUUAAAGGGAAAAGUCCUCCUUCACCGCCAGCGAAACCUGGGUCUUUUGUGAGGGCUCCGAGACCCACUCCCCCUAAUACAUUAAAUCUCAUGACUAGCACCGCGCACAUAACACAACCGCAUACAUUCCCCACCACAAAUCCCCCCCAACUCUCCCCCACACACUCUAAGUCCACACCGCCCCCUCCUCCCCCUCGUUGGGCCAAACCGCCCUUUCCCAAAAUGUCUAACUGCGAAUCCCUAGCUUUCAGUCCUAUUAACAAAUCAAACGGAAUAACUGUCACCACGACAGUGACGUUUAGCGUCAAUAAUACACAGAUACACAAUCACCAAAUAAACGAGAAUAUUCAAAGUGACAGACUGCAACUAACGCUUGCUAAUACCGACAAUGCAUUCAACCUAGAGUCAACUAAGGGCGAAGCGAUCGAACAGAGUAUGUUGCAUCGUUUAUCGCCAGAAGGAGAAUGUAUAAGUACAAUGACAGCUAGCUUACACGGAAGCUUUAAAAGACAGAUAGAGACAGAGGCCGGAUCGCCGAAUGACCAAAACACAGACAUAGACACCGGAGUUAAUACUUUUACCAAAUCUUCUAGUAGUUUCGCUCCCAACCAGUUAGUUUCCCCCAACGGAACCAAUUCGGUUACUAGUGGUAUCUUCUCCCCCACCAGUCAAAUUAAUUCACCCGUCUCCAACGAUACAAUAUCGUCCAAAAGCGGAGUUUUCUCACCCGUAAGUCAAACCAAUAAGAGUGAUAUUUUCUCUCCUUUAUCGAGGAGUUCACCCGUGUCAAACAAAAAUGUUUUCUCCCCGACAUCGAAUGUUAUGUCCCCUAUGAGUGGUCGAGAAAAGAUAUUAUCUCCCAAUACAAAUACAGCGAGUACAACGCCCUCUGGUCGGUCGAGGAGAAGUAAACACUCCCUUCGAAAGGAGUCCAGACAUUAUCAGGAGUCAGACAUCCUCGAAUCGCCGGGUGUGUAUUGUCGUAGCUCUUUAUUGGAUAAAGUGAGUGAUUAUGAAGACAUAUGGGGCCCAGAAGGCAACAAUUGCACGACAUUCAAACCUAAGACUGAUAACGAUAAUAUAAAUAAUGGUUUAAUGAAAAGCAAGAGACCUGAUUUACUACCGGACACAUUGCCUAAACUAAUCGCUGCGAAAAGUACACAAUCAAUACUCGAUAAAGAAAAUAUGAUUCUAUUGACAUCAUCAGAUAGUUUAGAAAAGAAAAAUUUGUCUGACAACUCAUUGAAGAAGAGCUUCAAUGGAUCGAACGAAAUUAUAGCGACGACCAAUAGUAAAGGUGACGUGAUACCAAAAAGACCGGAUAAACUGAACAUCGCUUUGAAUAUGAAUAAAAAAUUGACUGAGGAAAUCGAAGCUGCCUUAAAGAAUAAGAAUCAUACGACAGAGAGUAUGGAGACUGUUAAGUUAGAAGACGAUUGUACGAAUGGGGAUGAGUCUGAAAAAGAUAACGCCGGCAGUCCUUUCUACGCCGACCCUGUGGAUACGCUAAAGGAGGCAGCAAUGUUGCCAGUGCAAAGACGAAAGUUGCUCAGAGCGGGAGUGAGUUUGUCACAACGGUACUCUGAGCCGCCUUCUCAGAAUCACCCUUAUUAUCCAUUGAGGGAUAUGCAUAGUAUAGAGGAACUGUCUCCAUCUUCCCCAAACACAUCAACGUCGGUAGACAACCUGGUGUCUCUUCGAACUAAGCCUAAAAUGAAACCAGUGGAACCUCCCAGGGUUGCGGCAAAGCCUCCUAAUGGGAAGGAACAGACGUGGGCUGUUGAUUCUAGUUGGCAGUUUAUAAACAAGAACGAUGAAGGUGGUGAUAGUGGAACAUUUCCAUCUCUGGCAGAACAAGAAACGAAGCUCAGUGCUGAUGAAGCUCAUCUCUCUGUACAUCAAGUGGUUGCUCAAAGAUUUCCAGAACUCCGUUUGACAUCGGAGCCGACCAGUCUUCCCGAGGAAGUGAGAUCUCCGCCGCGGGCGUCUUGCUAUGACAACGUUCAUGACUUGAGACCACUAUCCGAACAGGCUAGCGAUGACGGCACGGUAUUCUCUGAACCCUGGGACAGUUCUCAGUGGGAUGGCCUUUUACCCGUUAAUGGACAAUCACAAUUUGAAAAUGAGGAGGUUUGUGAAUGGGAGUCCCCAAUACCACGUCGAGGACCGGCGGCUGCAGCGAGAGCCAAGAGUUUCAGGGACCGACUAGACCCACUUCUAGCAGCGGGACGAGUACGCGCCCUUCGGGGCGGACGUACGUCCCUUGGGGCAGGUGCCGCCCUCAGAGCGUACGCCUUACAUUUAGCCCAAGACAAGAGUACCACAUUUGCUCAAAACGUCGAUAACUUCAUUGCUUGUACGUUGGACUCGAAAGAAACUUGCCCACAGGUUAUGAUGCGGAAUAUGCGUCAGUUCAUGUCGGGAAUGAAGAACUAUCUCGUGAAGCAUGGCGAAAGAGAGUUUGAAAAAGAAGUCGAGAAGGAAAGGCUUAAGCUGAAACCGACAGAAUUCCUAAACAUCGACGCAAUAUUAGAAGGCGUUAUGCAUCGACUUGUUGUACGACCUCUACGCUCUAAGCUGUAUACAUUGCUGGCAUCAUGGCAUGCAACCGAUGUUCGACAACUUCACGCGGCAAUAGAACGCGCGCAACACGCUACGGCCUUGCAAUUAGGGGUUAAGGAAUCUACAAAAGUACCGUCAUCAGCAGUGCUGGCAGUUAUCUCAAAGCAUUUUCUCAAAAUGCAAGAAGCAGAUUCGCCUUUGGACAAACUAGAGAAUCUCCUUGCAGCUAUAUCUGCCAUGUUCAAUGCGAUCCGUGGCGAGCGAGCAGUUGGUGCAGAUGACUUACUCCCAGUAUUAGCAUGGUGUGUGUCACGUUGCCGGUUAGUUUGUGCUGAACUGGAGGCUGAACUUAUGGCCGGGUUACUUCCACCCGCAUUGCUGGCUGGAGAAGGAGGUUAUUACCUCACUGCACUCUUCUCGGCGGUCGCCGUACUAAAAAGAUUAGCGCCCGAGGCGGGAUCAGAUAGCAGUGCUUCGUGUCGCCGCGGCUCCGAGUGUAGUAAUCGCGAGACAGCAGCCGUUGUGCGAGUGGCCUUGCCGGACGAGUGUCGCGGAUGGAUCCGUCGCGUGGCGCUUCCGUGUCGUCCGGCGGCUCGCGUCCGCGAUCUGUGUCGUGCGUUGGCGCACGCCGCCGCCAUUACUAAUCCGCAAGACUACGCUCUUUUUGCAUUGCAUGACGGACAUGAAACAAUGCUAAACGAAAACGACUGCCCACAAGAAGUAAUGUCAGAGAAAAGUGGUCAGAACUUCGUGCUUGCGUACAAGAGGAUAGAUGCGAAAAUCGCGUGGCCGCAACAGGCUCUACUUUCAUACCCAUAAAACAAAACCAAUCUCACUUAUGAAACUGAAUUUAAUAAUCGUAAGUUCAUCUCGUCUUGCUCAUUAUUAAUGUAAACUGGAUGAAUAUAUUUUUGUCGAGAAUGUAUUUUCUACGAUAUUAAUCAAUUUGUAGCUUCGUUCCCGGUGGAUAUUUGUUGGCGAUUGCGUAUAUCCAAUUCUAAAACAUAUAAAGCUAAUUUGAGUAAUUCUCGAAAUCGAUUCAAAUCAACGAUUAAAACUCUUCUAUAAAUAAUUCGAUAAUUGAUUAUAAUAUUUGAUUAUCGACGUUCGAUCGCCGACAAAUUCCUCGCGAGGUAGAGAUAUAUCUCUUUCUAUUUACGCCCAUUCAUAAAGUAGCUUUUUUACCUAAUUAGCAAGUAAGGUCUCGUAAUGACUGAAUGAUUCAUCACCGUUUACAUUUCGUUAGUAGUGACCAUUUAUUUAAAACCUUAUAAAGGUAUCAGGUGUAUGUAUGUUCCUAAAUUUCGUGUACUCUGACCGCUCACCAAAUGCGCAUCGUAGUCUCUUAAAGAUCAUUUUCAUACUAUUGUUUAUUGAACUGUGAUGUAAUUUGUAUUAGUAACGUAAGAUUUGUAUUAAUUUUUGUAUAUUCGUAGAGUUCUUAAUAAUAAUUUAUUAUAGCUUAAGUACCACUCAGUGCUAGAUUUAUUUGAUUAGGCCUAAUUUGUGUCUCAACUAAAAUGAAUCUUAAUAAAAUGCUUUGUUAUUUAAACCGUAAUUGUAAUCCUAGUCACGUUUUAACUUAUUUAUGGUUUAAAUAGUAUUUUAACAUUUGCCAAUUUCUGCCUGAGAUUUAAUAUAUUUUUUCGAGGCUUUAGCGUUUCAGACAAGCUAUGAUCUGCGUCAUUAUAAUUGUCGAGAAUUAAAAAGCCUAUUAGCGGAAGCCGUAAUAUUUUUUUUUAUGAAGUACUUACGUUUUCUAUUGUACGAUUGUAAUAGCAGUGAUUCUGACAUAGAGUGAUAUCCGAACAUUUAGAUGUAGUCUGAAGCUAGAUCCCCGUGCUACGAAUGUUUGUGUGUCUGACUGAAAUCGUUUUUAAAUAUUAACUUUAUAAUUGUACUAAAAUCUCUUUAACAUUAUGGGUAUCACUCGUACAGCGUGUAUUUUAUCUUGUAUUUAAUGUUAGAUAAUAAUUUCAGUCAUUGUCAAAAUAAAAUGAUUUUUACCAAU